GAUUGAAAGUUAUCUUUCCUUCGAAACAUGUGACAUGUACAAUUUAUCUGAUGUUAUUAGGAUCGAUUUAUGUAAUUUCAUUUUGCCUAUAAAUACAAUCGUACAUGUAUAGCAGUGCAGUUUACCAUGUGGUUCCGUCAAGGUACAUUUACUAUUCACUACAUUGAUGUAAAUAAUUUAGUGAAGUUUACCAGGUUACGCAUGAGCCAUCCUUACAUCUAUGGAACAAGUAUUAAAUGAGACGCCGCCGUGUUUCUCUAUAGUAUUUGUGGUCUUGAUGCCGGAUGAGUUUUCCUAUACCUUACCUGGUACCGCUAGAUUUUGUAGUGGACAGAUGGAACUUCGGACACGACAUGGCUUUGUGUUUCCAUUCGUUGCUGAAUGAUAUCAUAGAAGAAACACACGAUUCCAGUGGACUGUCAUACUUGCCUUCCGAUGAUACUAAAUCACAGCGACAAAAUAACAUUGACUUCAGUCAGGCGCUAUCUACCAAAGGCAUCGCCAAAACUUCUCUCAGUACCGACUUUACGACAAGACAGCACAAACACGGCGCAAUAUGCUACCGUCAGUGGAAUGAGACGGAAUUCAUCAAAUAUAGAUCACCAAGCAAUGGCAGGUACAUAACUAAUACUUUGACAACAGAUACAACACAAAUGCAACUUAAACGAGGAGUUCCAAAAGAUCAAUGUGUAGACCUGAAAGUGAAAGUUAUAUUUCUCGGAGAAAAUGGUGUUGGAAAGACAACAAUGUUUGAAACGUUCGAAAGUGAAAAUUUGGAAACAAAAACUGUGAAAAAGACACAUUCUCACCAUAUUAGGAAAAGUUCGAAAGCUGAAUUCCCAAGGAAAACAAGUUACAAAUCGGUGGUUAAACGUGGCAAGGGAAAUGUCGACAUGACAAUAUGCGAUACUGCAGGUCAGGAGCGGUACCGGAGUCUGACCUCGUCAUACUACAGGGGGACACACGGCUGCCUCAUCUUAUUUGACGUUACCAAAGGCCACACUUUCGAAAGUGUCCAAUCUUGGUAUAGUGAUCUGGAAGCUUACUGCACCAGCCCUGAAAUGAUCUCCACAAUUCUAGUCGGAAACAACUGUGAUUCAGAAGAGCGAGAAAUACCAAAAGAAAAGGCAGAAAAAUUGGCGGAACACAUUGGAAUACCUUACAUGGAAGUAUAUAGUGAUAACUCCCAUACUGUGAGUGACGUUUUCGAAGCUCUUGCGGAUAUGAUAAUUGACAAAUACAGACUCCAUCCUUCGCUGGAUACAGUAUCUACCUCGACACGGCUCCCCAAACCAUCGAAUAAACCAAGCACCUGGUGCUUCUGUUAAUCACCUUUCUCAGGUGCGUCCUGUCGAAUUACAAUAUCCGACAUGGCAUUAGUGUUUAUUAACUGGGUUUCGUGAUAAGUUUGAUAGUAACCGAGUAUUAAAGCAUUGGACUGUAUAGAGUGUAAUAGCGACAAUUUCUUUUGAUGGCGAGAGAACAUAUAUUUGUUCUGACAUUGUCUUUCAUACAUUAGACUUUCCGGCUUCAGCGGGAUUGCAGAAAUCUCAUAUGUAAUCGUAACAUUAUUGAACAGAAGUUGUACUUUGUAAAAUUGUAUGUAUCGAACAUGUAUAAUGUAUAUGUACUAGUAAAACACAUGUAACAAUGAAAACUAGUCCCCUUUUAAGACAGGUGUGGCAUGCUGUUCAUUUGUCUGAAUCAGUAUGGCAAGGAUAUACAUGACACUUGAUAUGUUUGAUGUUAUGUAUAGAAUAUAAAUCAUACUGACACCAUCUUAUUCGUUAGCCUCCGCACUAAAUCAACAGAUCUACAAUCGAAAGAAAUUAAAACCAAUCGUAGCACUCAAGGUCACGCUGGUUGUGACCAUUGUCAUAGCGAUGUCAUGUUCAAUCAUACAAAUUAUAUACAAUUUCACAUAUCUAGUUUGUGAAUCAAAUCAACUUCCUGAAUAUAGACAUUCCUUGAAUACAGGUUUGCAUACAACAUCUCUAUUGAUCAAGGCAACCAUAACUGAAUAAAGUGACAAAAUGUUACCAAUGGUAUCAAUUUGAUAACCUCAUCUGUUUAAGUGUUUUGUUUCGUUUAAUUUAUUUAUUUCAUAAUCGAUAUCAGAAGGUAUUUUUUAUGAUGACAUAAUAAAAAAUGAUUACACAUGAA